UUCAUCCACGCCGAGCCAAUAGAAAUGUAUAUAUUUACCACGCCGGCCGCUGGGGAGCAAUUUGUGACGACUCUUGGGACGAUGUUGCGGCACAAAUUGUGUGCAGACACUUCAACAGAACUGGCACGGCCACUCGUGGCAGCCAGUAUGGGGAGGCACGGAGAAAAUACUGGAUGGAUGAUGUUGUAUGUUUAGGAGAUGAGACAUCUAUCUCUCAAUGUGUAUUCAGUGGUUGGGGCUCAUCUGACUGUGAAAUCAGCGAAGCCGCAGGUGUUAACUGUACCACUGAAAUUUCCAAUACAACAGUUAUAAGGAAAAGAGAAUCUGGAAAUAAACAUGAUCUAUUGAAUCAUGAUGACGUGGCAUUCAGAUUAGUAGGUUCAAACCAGCAGAACUCAAACAGGAGUGUGAGGAGUCAAAGUCAAGGAAGAGUUGAAAUCUACUACAACAAAAUCUGGGGUAGCGUCUGCCCCGACGGGUGGACCCUAUACGAAGCUAUGGUGGUCUGCAGACACCUAGGUCUAGGUUUUGCUGAGCAGGCACUACAGACUGAUUCGUUCGGAAAGUCUCGUAUCGUACUCUCCAACGUUCACUGCCAGGGGAAUGAGAGCAAUGUGUUUCUGUGCGAGCAUCGGUAUGGUGAUGUCCAAUGUCCGAGUGAUGAAGGUUACGUGGCAGCAGUGGUGUGUACCGAACGAAUGGCUGACUUGGCUCUGAAUACGCAAACUUUAGAAAUCACAGGACAUUUACAGGACGUCCCCUUGUAUCUACUGCAAUGUGCUAUGGAAGAGAACUGCCUGAGCAGAACUGCUUAUGAGGUCCAAGAAUCAAAUCCUGACUGGCAUUUUGAGACGCGAAGGCUACUCCGUUUCACUGCCUCUUCUAUGAACAUCGGGAAUGACGAUUUCAGACCGUAUUUACCUAAACAUCUCUGGCAAUGGCACCUUUGUCAUAUGCAUUACCACAGCAUGGAAGUGUUUGCCACAUUCGACGUACUAGAUGACAAAGGCAGGCGAGUAGCGGAAGGUCACAAGGCAUCGUUCUGCCUAGAAGACAAUACAUGUCACCCAGAUGUGGAGAAGAAGUAUUCUUGUAAAAAUUAUGGCGAUCAAGGUAUUUCAGUCAAUUGUUCAGACAUAUACUUGUACAAUCUGGAUUGUCAAUGGGUGGAUGUUACCGAUGUGUUGCCUGGAGACUACACUUUUAAAGUGGCAGUGAAUCCUCAUGCAAGAAUACCUGAACAAACUUACCACAACAACGCGGCGACUUGCCAGUUAAGACUGACGGAGUCUUACGCCAGAGUCUACGGGUGUAGUCUCGGGAGACCUUAAGAGAAGAAGUCUUUUUU